CUUAGAAAUUAAAUUAUAUACCCUGGCGAUGAGUAAAAUUUUGCCAAUUCAUCCAAGCGUGUUACGUUCUUUAAGUUAACUGUGUAUGGUUAUACGAGACUAUUGUAUAUAUACGUCACUAGGAAGCGUAUCGUACAAGAUUCAGUGUGACAAAUGUCAGUUAAUUUGAUAAAUUUACAUCUACCAGUUUAAGUUUUAUUUAUAGCAAUGAAUCGACGUAGAAAAAAGGAAAACUGGAAACAGUUAAAAGAAGCUGUCAUUAAUAAUGAUACAGUUGCUGUAGAAAGAAUUAUUCAGGAGCAUGUAGAAUUAGGAGACGACUGUGAUAUACCGCCUUGGAUAUGGGUAAAGGCGUGUGCAGCUGCUCUUAAAAACAGAUGCCUACCUAUGGUGAAAUUGUUGCUGUCUUCAAAGAGUAUUGCUAGGCACUUUGUAGGUAUUGAGACCAAAAAACAACUGAUGAAGAUUGCAAUAAAAUCUGAUUUCGUGAAGGGCGUUAAGUUCCUUCACUCUAAAGGAGUACCUCUUUAUCUUUCACAUUCAAAAUUCCGAGAGAAAUGGAGUGCCCUCGUUGAGUGCGUCCAAAACACCCACGUCGAGGUGUUAAAAUAUCUGCUUGGACUGAAAGAUCUAGAUAAAAACCCUGAUAAAGAGGAAACGUUAAUAAUGUUAUGUUGCAAUGAACUAAAUAUCGAAAGUUUGAAGAUUUUGUUGAAGAGUGAACUAAAAAAUACAAUUAAUCGACAGACGAGCGAUCGUCAAUAUUCUGCUCUGCACUAUUGUGUCCGUGGCGGGCGGUGGAAGGAAGUUCUUGAUUGUAUACAAUUAUUGGUGGAGGCAGGGGCGGAUGUUAAUCUACAAGAUAUUGAUGGGACAACGCCCAUCCAAAAAGCUGCUGAAUGUGGUAUGGCGGCAGUGGUAAUAUAUUUGGCAAAAAGAGGAGCAAACCUUGAUAUUAGAUACAAUGAAGGUACCCUUUUUCAUUUUCUUGCAGCAGAGAGUAACGAAAUGGUAGAUUCAUAUGAUGAAUUUAUUCGACUAUUAAUGUCUCAAGGUAUAGACAUUAACGAACUGAACUCAUGCAAUGAAUCUCCACUGUAUUUAGCAGUAUUUCAAGAAAAUGAAGAGAUGGUGAAGACAUUAAUUAAAUCACACUGUGAUGUCAAUAUCAAAGUAGGCGACGACAUGGGAUCAGUUUUAAUGGAGCCAAUAGGAUACAGUGAUACUAUUACUCAAAUACUGAUUAAUGCUGGAUGUGAUGUUAACAUCGCUGAUAAAUACGGCGUUACACCUUUAAUGAAAUGCGUGGAGAUGGGUAAUCUUGUUUUAGUUAAACAGCUUAUUGACCGCGGUGCAUCUGUGAACGCUAAAGAUAACAACGGAUGUUUUGUAUUGGACUAUUUAUUUCGUUCUCACCACCGUUCGACAGAUAUUGUUAAGAUAAUGAUAGAGGCUGGGGCUGAUAUCCAUAAAGGUAAUAAUCUGUUGUCUAGAGCAAUUGAUUGUAAAGAGUAUAAAAUGGCUUCAUUACUCAUGGAACACGGCAUCGAUGUCAAUACGGUAGAUAAAAAUGGAGAUAAACCCCUUGCUCUUGCCUCCGAACAUUGUGAAACACAUUUGGUAACAUUGCUGAUAUCAAAAGAUUGUGAUAUAAAUCACCAGAAUCUAAAAGGCGAAACAGCGUUGCACAAAGCUCUUCAAGUUUCAAGAUAUUUUGCUAAUUAUCAAGACAUGGAGAAAAUAAUAAAUAUGUUGUUACUACAGAAUGGGAUGAACGUGAAUCUUAGUGACGUUGAUGGACAAACGGCCUUGUCCAUAGCAGUAGGUAAUAGAGAAAGAUCUAUUACUGAAGAAUUAUUGAAGGCUGGUGCUGAUGUAAACCACUGUGAUAAGAGACGGGAGACCCCAUUGGUGAUCGCAGUUAAAAAUAAGGAUAAUGUUAUGGUAGAUGUUCUAUUGAAGGCUGGUGCUGAUGUAAACCACUGUGAUAAGAGACGGGAGACCCCAUUGGUGAUCGCAGUUAAAAAUAAGGAUAAUGUUAUGGUAGAUGUUCUACUGAAGGCUGAUGUCGAUCUGAAACCCAGAGAUGAAUUAGGUGGAAAUGCGAUAUUCCUUGCAACACUCUUGAAUGCUUCACUAGUUUUAGAUAUUUUACUUAAAUAUUCAAACUUGAGAGGUGAAGCAGAGAGUAUUGUUAAUGCCACAGAUAAAGAUGGUAAAACAUCUUUGAUGGUGGCAGCAGAUAGAGGACCUAAAGAUAUAGUAGAGAAACUACUCAGAGCUGGCUGUAAUAUCAACCUACAAGAUCAUGGUGGUAAAACGGCGUUGAUGUUUGCUGUAGACAACAAGGAUGAAACACGGACAGCGUUUAUGUAUGCUGUAGACAACCAGGAUGAAACUAUUUUAUCACUUCUAUUACAGAAUGGUGCAGACUAUAAUAUUUGUGAUAACAAUGACAAAACAGCGUUGAUGGUGGCAGUACAGAAAAAAAGAGAUGGUCAUUGUGAGGAUUUACUGAAAGCUGGGGCUGAUGUUAAUUUGAGUGAUAACAAUGGAAAUACAGCAUUGCUGAUUGCAGUCCGACUGAGUAACAGGAAGAUUGUAACUGAUUUACUGAAAGCUGGAGCUGAUGUUAAUCUGAGUGAUGACAAUGGAGAGACGGCUUUGAUGAUAGCAGCACGAGACUGUAAUAGGUUUAAUAACAGGAAGAUUGUAACUGAUUUACUGAAAGCUGGAGCUGAUGUUAAUCUGAGUGAUGAUAAUGGAGAGACGGCUUUGAUGAUGGCAGCACGAAACUGUAAUAGGUUUAAUAACAGGAAGAUUGUAACUGAUUUACUACUGAAAGCUGGGGCUGAUGUUAAUCUGAGUGAUAAUAAUGGAGAGACAGCUUUGAUGGCGGCAGCACGGAACUGUGGUAGUUCUAUUUUAGAAAGUUUACUAAAUGCUGGGGCUGAUGUUAAUUUGAGUGAUAAUAAUGGAGAGACAGCUUUGGUGGCGGCAGCACGGAACUGGGACAGAUCUAUUUUAGAAAGUUUAUUAAAUGCUGGAGCUGAUGUUAAUCUGAGUGAUAAUAAUGGAAAGACGGCUUUGAUGGCGGCAGCACGGAACUGGGACAGAUCUAUUUUAGAAUGUUUACUAAAUGCUGGAGCUGAUGUUAAUAAAACUGAUACAUGGGGGAGAUCAGCUAUACAUGGUAUAAUGGUUGAUGGUGGUUAUGAUCAUAGUUGGAUCAACUGUCUAAAAUUACUUUUAAUCAAUAAAUGUCACGCGUCUCUUGAUACUCCGGGAGAAGAUGGAAAAACUUUAUUCGAAUGGUUACUGCUGGAAAAAAGGGAAGAAGAUCUUAUAUGGUAUCUCUUUACAGAAAAUUGUUCUCUCAGAGGUUUGGAUCUUCUACAGGUCAAAGAUAAAUUUCAAUUUCCCGAUAUGUUGAUGCUUUCUAAAAUUCUGUUUGAAAGUGGUGCACCGAAGAGUGAAGUAGAGACCAUGAUUUUGUUGUCGGUUUUAAAUACUGAUUUGUCGCGUUCCACACAUAAUCCGAUGCUGGGUGAAUCUGAAGAUAAACAACAACUUGAUGAUUUCCGCGAUUCCUGUAAAUCGAGAAGUUUGAAGUCAAGAUGUAGAAGAGAAAUCAGAAACUGUAUCGGACCAGGAAUCAGCAGUAAAAUAACUCAAGUUGGUUUACCGAAACGUUUACAAGAUUAUGUCGUCAUGAAAGACUUGAUACCCGAGAAAUACUAUACUCUUGUACUAAACGAUGAAUACAAUGGGGAAAGUUAUUAUUUUUAUGAACCAGAUUACUAUUCUGACAAUUAUUAUUAUUAUUCCUAUGGCAGCAGUGCUAAAAGUUAUUAUGAACCAGAUUAUUAUUAUGAUUUUUCUGACUAAAGACUUUAUAACAGUAACUAUUGACUACAUUGUUACUUUAUACUUCUUUAUCAACUGGAUAAUUAUAGCUAUUAGUUAGAGUCUACUGUUGUCAAUUGGAUAAUCAUAACUAUUGGUUAGAGUCUACUGUUGUGAACUGGAUAAUCAGUAAUAUUGGUUAGCGUCUACUGCUGUGAACUGGAUAAUAAAAGCUAUUGGUUGGGAUCAGUUGUAGGGUGGAAGUCACAGGAAGGUAAAUUGGACGCAAGUCGAGCCCAACAUGAUCGCCCCGCAUAUUUAUGAGUCUAUUUGUAACUUGGGGUUAGGGUUAGGAUUAUAAGGGUUACAAGAGAGAUCAUAAUAUCGGUUAUGCCUGUUCCACAAUCGCUUUCAAGUUUUGAAUAAAAUAUUGCUUAAAAAAAUAAAUAAUAAUAAAUAGACAGGCCCUACGGCGGCCAUAUUGGACUCAGCUUUGGUCCAAUUUACCGCCGACCGUUGAAAUCUACAUAGACUGGAUAACCUGUCUUAAAGGACAAUAUUGGUGUCAUUACGCAUCUAUCGUAGCAAUGAUCUAUAUGUUAAAAUUAUAUUUGGAACAUGUUACACAAGUUCUAUCACAUAUGUGAUAAUGUCUGACACCAAUAUUGUCCUUUAAAUGACAUCAGACCCGUUCUUGCUUGACGGUGUUAUUCACAUCAGGAGGAGAUGACGUAGGAGAAAGUCUGACGUAAAAGACCAGGUUAUCCAGUUUUAUCUAUUGUCGACGUCAGCCCAACUACCGGUUCAACAAUCGUUUGAUACUUCCAAUCUCAUUUGUUUAAAAUAUUUUUUUUAAUCGCACGUCCUUGUAAGAACUGUCUGGAUACAUUAUUUAUGAGACCCAACACCCCAAUGUUUUUAAAAAUAUACCAUACUCUAACAACCUACAGAACAAUCUGGUGGUCAAAUCAAACACAUAGAAUACUACCUUCGUUCUACUAUCCGGUGGUCAGAUCAAACACAUAGAAUACUACCUUCGUUCUUCAAUCCUGUCAGGAUAAAUUACCUGUACCUGGGUUAAUUUAGCUGUCAAUUGAAAGAGUCCUGACUACUGUAUCAAAUUGUACAUAACAUGGUUAUUGUUGCUUUUCUACAUUUGCUUAGUUAUUGUUUUUACAUUUCGCGUAUUAGAUACAUAAUUAUACUUGUAUUUUGAUUUUAGAUACAUAAAUAUAUUAGCCUUGUC